AUGGCGCAUUCAACCGUGCAGUGCAAUGACAGGAGAGAACUUAUUGGAAGGGCUAGAAUGGGCAGUGAAGGAUCUCCAGUUCCAGCUGAGAACAAGGAUGAGGUGGCAACCGCAAUCCUAAGACAAAAGAAGUCACCCAACAGACUCUUUGUCGAUGAAUCAACAACAGAUGACAAUAGCGUUGCUUGUCUAUCAGAAGCAAAGAUGGAAGAGCUCGGAUUAUUCCGUGGUGACACAAUCUUGUUAAGAGGAAAGAAGCGUCGUGAUACCGUUUUGAUCGUUUUAGCAGACGAAACAACAGAGGAUGCGAAGAUCCGUUUGAACAAAGUCGCAAGAAACAAUCUACGUGUCAAGUUGGGAGAUAUGAUCACAGUCCAUGCAUGCAGUGAUAUCAAAUACGGAAAGCGUAUUCACGUUUUGCCCUUCGAUGACAGUGUCGAAGGUUUGACUGGUAACAUCUUUGAUGUCUAUCUCAAGCCAUACUUUUUGGAAGCAUACCGUCCUGUUCGCAAGGGUGACACAUUCACCGUUCGCGGUGGAAUGCGUGCCGUUGAGUUCAAAGUGAUCGAAACAGACCCAGCAGAAUUCUGCAUCGUUGCACAAGACACAGUCAUUCACACAGAAGGAGAUCCAGUCAAGCGUGAAGAUGAAGAGGCAAACUUGGCCGAAGUUGGAUAUGAUGACUUGGGUGGUUGCCGCAAGCAAUUGGCACAAAUUCGUGAAAUGGUUGAAUUACCCCUCCGUCAUCCCCAAUUGUUCAAGAGUAUCGGUAUCAAACCUCCGCGUGGUGUUUUGAUGUUUGGUCCUCCUGGUACCGGUAAGACAUUAAUGGCCCGUGCCGUUGCUAAUGAGACUGGUGCAUUCUUCUUCUUGAUCAACGGUCCCGAAAUCAUGAGUAAGAUGGCUGGUGAAUCCGAAUCAAAUCUACGUAAAGCAUUCGAAGAAGCAGAGAAGAACUCACCAGCAAUCAUCUUCAUUGAUGAAAUCGAUUCUAUCGCACCAAAGCGUGAAAAGACAAAUGGAGAAGUCGAACGUCGUGUUGUUUCACAAUUGCUCACAUUGAUGGACGGUCUAAAAGCAAGAUCAAACGUUGUCGUCAUGGCUGCUACAAACAGACCCAACUCUAUUGAUCCCGCUUUGCGUCGUUUCGGUAGAUUCGAUCGUGAAGUGGACAUUGGUAUCCCUGACCCAACCGGUCGUUUGGAAAUUUUGCGAAUUCACACCAAGAACAUGAAGUUGGCCGAAGAUGUCGACUUGGAUCAAAUUGCCACAGAGACACAUGGUUACGUCGGCUCAGAUAUUGCCAGCUUGUGCAGUGAAGCAGCAAUGCAACAGAUUCGUGAGAAGAUGGAUUUGAUCGAUUUGGAAGAAGAGACAAUCGAUGCCGAAGUUUUGGACACACUUGGUGUCAGCAUGGAAAACUUCCGCUUCGCUCUCGGUGCUUCCAACCCAUCCGCCUUGCGCGAGACUGUUGUGGAAGUACCAACAGUUACCUGGAAGGACAUUGGUGGAUUGGAAAAGGUCAAACAAGAAUUGCAAGAGACAGUCUCAUACCCAGUCGAACAUCCAGAGCUAUAUCUCAAAUUGGGACUUGCUCCCUCAAAGGGUGUUUUGUUCUACGGUCCACCUGGUACAGGUAAGACUAUGUUGGCCAAAGCCAUCGCAAACGAAUGUCAAGCCAACUUUAUCUCCAUCAAGGGUCCCGAAUUGCUUACAAUGUGGUUCGGUGAAAGUGAAGCAAAUGUGCGUGACGUUUUCGACAAAGCACGUGCCGCUGCACCAUGUGUUAUGUUCUUUGAUGAAUUGGACGCUAUUGCAAAGAGCAGAGGUGGCUCUUCGGGUGAUGCUGGAGGUGCUGGUGAUCGUGUGAUCAACCAAAUUUUGACAGAAAUGGACGGUAUGAACGCCAAGAAGAAUGUUUUCGUCAUUGGUGCUACCAACAGACCUGAUCAAAUCGAUCCUGCAAUUCUUCGACCUGGUCGUUUGGAUCAAUUGAUCUACAUCAGUUUGCCCGAUGAAGCUUCCCGUCUCAGUAUCUUCACAGCCACACUUGCCAAAUCACCCUUGGGCGAAGGUGUUGAUCUCAACUUCCUUGCCAAACACACCAAUGGAUUCUCUGGUGCUGAUAUUGCUGAAAUCUGUCAAAGAGCAGGUAAAUUGGCCAUUCGUGAGACUAUUGAAGCGGCGGUCAAGGCACAUCGCGAAAAGACGGAGAAACGCGCCGCUGCUGGAGGUGAUGUAAAGAUGGAAGAAGAUGGUGAAGCAGGCAGCGCUUUGGACGAUCCAUUUGCCGAUGCUCAACCAAGAAUCGAGAGAACACACUUUGAACAAGCAAUGAUGUUUGCCAGAAGAUCAGUGUCUGACGGUGAUUUGAGAAGGUAUGAAAUGUUUGCGCAAAACCUUCAACAAUCACGUUCGUUCGGAAGUAGUUUCCGCUUCCCCGAAUCAGCUGAAGGAGGUGCAGCAGAUGGAGGAGCCGGUGGAGCUGGUAUGGGAGGAGGAGCAGCAUUUGGUGCAGAUGCUGACGAUGACGAUCUGUACGCUUGA